AUGAUUAAAAAUUGGUGUUUACUAACGCCCUCCCGCUCACAAGAAAUUUUGGCGAAGACUCGUCUCAACGGCAUUCGCAAAACCAUAUAUUCCGUCAAUGGUGAUAGCUACACUGGGGAGUGGAAAGACAACAAAAAGCAUGGUACAUUUCCCUCAUACGGUUACGGCGAAAACUGGUACAGCUGUAACGAGUUUUAUGAGGGAGAGUGGUACGAAAAUAAGCGAAGUGGGUGGGGCCGCUACUACUACAAAGAUGGAGCCAUGUACGAAGGCGAAUGGUUACAUGAUAAACGUUGGGGUAAUGGAAUGUUGCGACUACCAAAUGAGAAUAGAUAUGAAGGUGGUUGGAUUGAUGACAUGAAAAAUGGUAAAGGAAAGUACAUCUUCCACACAACCAAUCAGGUUAUGGAGGGAAUAUGGAUUGAUGAUGUUGCAAAACAAGCCAUUUUUACUGAUCUUGGUCCUCGGAUGGAGAAAACCGAAACAACCUACCCCAUCCCAAGUCUGGAAUUGCAAUCAUGGGAUGCAGUUUGGCGCGAUACGGCCGAAGACAAUAUGAGACUACUGCAAGAGAAAUAUCCACAAAUCUCCAUGUAG